AAACAAAGCGAAAUCGGGGCGACCUCAUGCGGCGUGAGCUCGUCAUACUGCUCGAGAGAAACUUUUUCUCAGUCGUAGAAGUUGAGUCACGAAGUCACGAUUUUGUAGUCUUUGCACCGUGACCUGUCUGUGUGAAUCUACCACUGCGCCGAGAGUAGGCCUGGAAACUAACACAGCAGCUUUCCAAAAAGAACAAAGAACAACACCAGCUCGCAUACAUCAUGCCGUCUCGUGAGGAGGUCCACUACUUUGGCGCAGGGCCUGCGCCACUGCCUACGGCAGUGCUAGAAGCCGCGUCAAAAGCACUAUUGAACUACAAGGACCAAGGCAUUGGCUUAUGCGAGAUAUCACAUCGCAGCGCAGACGCGAACCAGAUUCUUGCAGACACCAAAGCUGCGCUAUCUGCACUGCUCGACGUGCCAGACACGUAUGAGAUCUUGUUUCUUCAAGGAGGCGGUAGUGGCGGCUUCUCGGAAGUCGUGUAUCAUCUGGUGGGGAUAUGGGUCGAGAAGAGAAGACUGAGGGCGCAGGAGGACAUCACGAUCGCCAUGGCCGACGGCAAGGCGGAAGGCGGCAAGGAGGAUCUGGAGGCCAAAGUGCUAGAACGCUUGAAACAAGAAGUGGCGCAAGAGCUGAGGCUGGAUUACCUCGUUACCGGAAGCUGGAGUCUGAAGGCGUCCCAGGAAGCGGCAAGGCUGGUGGGCAAGGAUAAGGUUAAUAUCGCGCUCGAUGCCCGCAAAGCCAAUGACGGCAAGUUUGGCAAAAUACCUCCUGAAGACCAAUGGUCCUUGACCAAGAGGAGAAGGGAGGGCGGGCCAGGGAGCGCUCUCGUGUACUUUUGCGAUAACGAAACGGUGGAUGGCGUCGAGUUCCCACACUUCCCGGCCUGCCUGGAGGCGCUUCCUGAAGAUGCGGUCGACGACGACGCGCCAAUGGUGGUUGCGGACAUGUCGUCCAACUUCAUCAGUCGCCGUGUGGACGUGAGCAAGUACGCGGUCAUCUUUGGAGGAGCACAAAAGAACAUUGGAAAUGCAGGCGUGACAAUUGUUAUCGUGCGCAAAUCCCUGCUGCCACCAGAGCGAAACAUCGCCAGCGCUGAACUGCUGCGACAAUUGGGCCUCCCAGUGGGGCCUGUCGUAUUCGACUGGCCCACAAUCGCAAAGAACAACUCGCUGUACAACACGCUGCCAAUUUUUGACGUGUGGAUAGCCGGGCAGGUCAUGGCCAACCUAGUGACUACGUACGGAGAGAAGAAGAUUAGCGGGCAAGAGGCAAUCUCCAAGGAGAAGGCCGAGAUUCUGUACGGCGUGCUAGACAGCGCGCCUGAAGUCUAUCACGUUGUUCCAGACAAGACGGUGCGCAGCAGAAUGAACAUCUGUUUCCGGGUUGGGGGCGGAGACGCAGGAAAAGAAAAGGAGUUCCUCGCAGGCGCGGAGAGGCGCGGUCUACUGGGUCUCAAAGGCCAUCGAAGUGUUGGCGGGAUUCGUAUUAGCAAUUAUAACGCGGUUUCAGUUGAUGGGGUGCGCAAGCUGGCCCGGUAUCUCGAAGACUUUGCAAAGGGCAGUGCAUAAGACCAGCCAGGUGAGGGAAAGGUACGUAUCUACGUCAGAGAUUUCAAACAUGCACGAAAGCACAGAGAAGAGUAGAAGCAAAAAAUAGAGGUCAGGAGACACGCAGGGGACACGGCAAAGGCACGUCAGCAAGGCAGAGGAGUAACGUAUUGGCGAAAAGAGAAAGGGGGAAUUUAAAAAAAACAUCGCUAGCCAAGUCAUUAUCAUCAUCCAGACGCAGAAGAGCCAUAAGUCAGGCAAACGCUUUUUUCUUUUCGGGGGCGGGGGGAGAGCCGCAGUCGGUCAGUCGUGCCAGCAGACCAGAUGGAGAACGGUGGUGCCGUUAGAAUAUAUUUAUUACAGCAAUACGAGAGAUAAAUUUGCAUGGGAA